AUGCUGCAGAGGGGAAUUGCGGGUCUCCGAGCAGAGCUCCUGAACGCGAAGGAUCUAAAGACAACUCAUACUGGCACUACCAACAUUCACUCACUCGCUGUCAAACAUUACACAAAACAAGCAGGCAAAACGGGACGAAAUAAAAGAAAACGGGAGAACGUCGCUCGGGGUAUUGUAUUGAUCAACACCAGCUAUUAUGGAAACGGUGACGGAGAGCGGCGAAUCAUCUUGCCUGGAACGCUUCUGGCAGGGGAUGUGGUCGGCUCCAUUGACGAUCCCAUCGAGAAAACUGAAGAGAUGGCUGUGACUAUCAAGUCCGCGUGGAUGAACCUUGAGGGGGUAGUGACGAUGCUUCAGGAGAUUAAGGAGACAACACAGGAUCCUCUGGACCUGCCUGGAACGCGUCAGGCCACGGAUGAGACCGGCUCCAUUGAUGAUUCCAUAGAACAGGCGAGAGGGAUUGCUGCCACCACUAAGUCUGUGUGGAUGAAUCUUGAGGGAGUAGCAAUAACGCUCCGGGAGACCAAGUCAGCUGGGCUUGUCACUGUCAACGAUACCAAUGGGGAUCCCCAAGCAUGGGCAGCGAGGAGCAGAGAUCUUGUCAAAGAGUUAACCCCCGCAUUGACAACGAUGAGCGACUUCAUAAGCUUGAUCUACGCGCGAUAUGGGCGGGGAGAAGAUCUCGAGCAGGCUAUUAAGAUUACCGAACUGUUACUGGAGGUAACCCCAAUCGGUACGCCCAGCCGCGUAUCCGUGCUGAGCAGCCUGAGCACGUUGUUUGGACAUAGAUACGACAGGUUACGGGAGCCAGAGGAUCUUGGAAAACUCAUCAAGUACGCCGAAGACACCUUGGAUGAGGCUGCGGAAGAUUCUGUCCAUACACGAAUCUUUUCAAGCAAGCUCAGCAAUAAACUUUUUGCUAGGUACGCGCGCUUCGGUAACUUGGAAGACCUUACAAAAGCCAUCGACCGAGCAGAAAGGGCACUACCAGUAACGAACGCAUUUGACCUAAAAACGUUGAAUAACUUGAGCAAUUACUUUGCGGCUCGCUUCGAGCGACUAGGGGCCGUAGAGGAUCUCGAAAGUGCCAUCUGUCGAGCUGAAUUGGGACUCACGAUAGCCGCCAAAGGCAGCAGUGUUCGAUUAUUUCUACUGAGUAGCAUGAGUGUGUACCUACAUACAAGAUACGAGCGAUUUGGAAGCUUGGAUGACCUUGAGAAAUCUAUUCAUCAAAGCCAAGAGGUAGUAACAGCAACCCUAACCAACGAUCCAAACAGGGCAAGCAGGCUGAGCAGCCUCAGCAACCACCUUUCUAGCAGGUACGAGCGCCUGGGAAACCUGGAGGACAUUGAGAACGCAAUCGAUACAGGACAACAGGCGGUAGCAGCAACCCCGGACGGCCAUCCGGACCUAGCAAGCAUGCUCAACAGUCUCAGCAUCCAGUUUUUCCGCAGAUAUGAGCGACUGGGAGCCUUGGAAGACCUUGAUAAGGCAAUCGAUCGAGCCCAGGGGGCGGUAGCAGCGGCCCCAAUCGAUCACCCUGACCGGGCAGAAAAUCUGAACAGCCUCAGCUGCUUCCUUUCUAGCAGACAUGAGCGGCUUGGAACCUUAGAGGCCCUUGAGAAAGCAAUUGAUGGAUCUCAUGAGGCAGUGGUAGCAACACCGAUCAAUCACCCUAGUCGGCCACACAGACUCAUGAACCUCAGUUGCCACCUCUCCAGAAGGUACGAGCGCCUGGGAAACCUGGAGGACCUUGAGAAAUCAAUCGAUCAAGCACAACAGGCGAUAGCAGCAACCCCAGAUGGCCACCCGAACCUAGCAUUCAUGCUUAGUAGGCUCAGCGGCGCACUUUAUAGCAGGUACGAACGCCUGGGAAACUGGGAGGAUCUUGAGAAAUCAACCAAUCAAGCGCAGCAGGCGGUAGCAGCAACUCCAGAUGGCCACCCGGACCUAGCAAUCCCGCUUACCAGGCUCAGCAGCUCUCUUUAUAGCAGGUACGAGCGGCUAGAAACCUUAAGGGACCUUGAUAAAGCAAUUGAGUUAGCUCGUGAGGUGGUAGCAGCAACUCCAGAUGGCCACCCUGACCGGUUGCAGAGACUGAACAACCUCAACAUCUAUGUUUCUAGGAGGUACAAGCGAGUAGGAACGUUUGAAGGUUUUGGAGAAGCGAUCGAUGGACCCCAGAAGGCGGUAGCAGUCAUCCCAGAUGAUCACCCUGCCCGAGCAACUAUCCUCAGUAGCCUAAGCGAUUUGAUUUAUAUCAGGCACGAGCGGGAGGGCACAGUGGAAGAUCUCGAUAAAGCAAUUGAGCUAGCCCAUGAGUCUCUAUCCGUAACCCCAGCCAACCACCCUGAUAGGUCACUCAGACUGAACUAUCUCAGCAUCAGGCUUUUCCGAAGGUUCAAAGAACUGGGAACAUCAGAAGAUCUCGACGCCGCAAUCGACCGGUCCCAGGAGGCUGUUGCAUCAACUCCUGCAGAGCACCCCUGGAAGGGAACCAUGUUGUUUGCCCUUGGCGCUUUAUUCAUUGCUAGAUACAUCAGAACGGAUAACCUUGAGGAUCUGGAGUCCUCUCUGAGUGCCAAUCAAGGCUCUUGGAACCGUAAAAACGCACCCCCAAGCCAAAGAAUCGACGCAGCACACAGUGCUGCCCUCAUCCUUUCUUAUCAAAACCGGUGGCAUGAAGCGAAUUCUAUUCUGGAGGAAGCUGUCCAACUUCUCCCGCAAGUAAGCUUACGAUCGAUAAGCCGAGACGACCAGCAGUUUCAACUAUCUAGAUUCUCUCAACUCGCCACUGAUACUCUAUUCGCAGGUCUUCAAGCAGGAAAGGGUGUACAUCACUGCCUGAAGUUACUCGAACUUUCUCGCGGAAUUAUUCUCGCCCUCGUUAUGGAUUGCAGGAGCGACGUGUCAGACCUUCGGGUGGAAUAUCCGGCCCUUUUUGAGAGAUUCACCAGUCUUCGCAGUGAGGUUGACGUUCCGUUUGAAUUGAACAAACUUGGACCUCCUAGUGAACUGGAAUGGAAGCGUCGUGUGCAAGCGCUUCCACCUGAGGCAGAGGACCUCAUGGCGAUGGCCCGGCAAGGUCCAAUCGUUAUUCCCUAUAGCUCGAAGUUUGGGAGUGGUGCAAUAAUUAUUUCAAAGUCUACCAUCAAAUCAUUACCACUACCAGAUUUAGAAUAUGAGGAGAUCAUGGAGCGCAUGAGACAGUUACGUGAAGACCUCUUUCGUGGCAGCCGUUCCACGUACCCGGCAAGGAACCAGCAACUGCUAGACAUCCUUCUCUGGUUGUGGGAUACUAUGGUGGGGCCAGUUCUCGAAGAAUUGGAGUUUCGCCCCUGUUUAGACGAGACCAGCCUCCCCCGGAUUUGGUGGAUUGGUGUAGGUGCCCUAGCCACAUUACCUUUCCAUGCGGCUGGUGAUCAUUCACCUGGUUCCACACACAACACGUUUAGUCGAGCCAUUUCAUCGUACAUUCCAACCAUCAAAGCGCUCUCAUACGUUCGUGAGGGCAAAUUGGAGCUAUUAGGUCGACAGGACUCCAAACUACUCCUAGUUACGAUGCCUACAACCCCUAACAAACCCCGUCUAACCAAGGUUGCGGGUGAGGCUAGCAAAAUCGCCAGCGUGGUCAGUGAAACAACGAACACACUACUUUUAGAGAGUCCUAGUGCUGCCCACGUCCUUGAGGAGCUUUCUUCCUGCCAAGCUGUGCAUUUUGCAUGUCAUGGCAUCUCCGAUGCCAAAAACCCUUCAAAUAGCCAUCUCCUUCUAUUUAAGAACGACGGUUCAGAGAGGGGAGCGAUCGACCCGCUGACUGCCGGUGCAAUAUCGGGUACGAAUAUGAGAAAGAUGAACGCUCAGAUAGCGUACCUCUCGGCUUGCCACAGUGCCUCCAAUCAAGCUCAAAACCUUGCAAACGAAUCGAUUCAUAUUGCCAGCGGAUUCCAGCUUGCCGGGUUCAGUCACGUGCUUGCAACCCUCUGGAAGUCUCAAGACUCUGCCGCUGAGGAGGUUGCGGUUGAGUUUUACCGGUCUCUGUUUGAUGGCCAUGGAGACGGGCACUCCAAAGUCAGCCUUUCCCUCCACCGUGCUGUGAAGAGAUUACGCGACAGAAUCCCAAGGCAACCAAUUGUAUGGGCAUCCUACAUCCAUACGGGAGCUUGA